GGCUUUGAUGAUCCACUAGUUGUGAUGCAUUUAUUUCCAAACCCAAGGACUAAUGAGAAUAAAGAAUGUUUGUCCGGAAUUUUAUUUCAAUUCAUUUCAAUCAUACCAGUCUAAUUAAAUUAGUUUGAUUCAAUUUAGUCUAAGUUAACUAAAUUUGAAUCCAAUUAUUUUUAAUUGAUUCAUUUUUAGUCCAAUUAAACCCUAAAAUCCAACGAUUAAUUUUAGAUUUUUCAUUGCAAUCCCAAGCAAUAUAAUUAAGCCAGAGAUUGCGAUCUCCAGAAGAUCUUAAGCAAUUAAGCCAGAGAUUGCAAUCUCAUAAUUGCAGCCCACAUCUUCAAUCAAGUCUCCAAGAAUCAAGUCCUAGAAAUUAUGCUAAACUACGUUAAUUCCAACCUUUGCUCUACAAUAAAAAAGAGAUGAACAAAGGCAAGAAAUGGGGAGCCUUCAUCAACCAGGAGGAACCAAAAACAGAGCUCUUAUUCAUCCAAUACAGAGCUUCUUGUACACAAAAAACACAAAUCCCUCUCCAUAGUUUUCCCAUUCAACCCGACACCAAAACCUCUCAUGGCCAGCUGUUGUUAUUCAUUUUGAGGCCUUACAUAAACAAAAAGAGUAAAGGAAAAAUGGAAGACGCUGCUGCUGCUGCAUCAUCAGCUGUAGUCGUGGAAGAAGAGCGCCUCGACGUUCUCAACAAAACCGGUCAAAAAACCGGCAUUUCGAAGCCCAGAGGAGAAGUUCAUAGAGAUGGAGAUUACCACAGAGCAGUUCACGUGUGGAUUUACUCCGAAAGCACACAAGAAUUGCUUCUUCAACGUCGUGCCGAUUGCAAGGAUUCCUGGCCAGGCCGAUGGGAUAUCUCAAGCGCCGGCCAUAUUUCAGCUGGCGAUUCUUCACUUGUGUCCGCUCAGAGAGAGCUUCAGGAAGAGCUAGGCAUUAGCCUUCCAAAGGAUGCGUUUGAACAUAUUUUUAUUUAUCUUCAAGAGUGUGUUAUAAAUGAUGGGGAAUUCAUCAAUAAUGAGUUCAAUGAUGUGUAUCUUGUGACAACUGUAGAUCCGAUUCCUCUUGAAGCAUUUACUCUUCAGUACACAGAGAACACUGUAGCGCGCAGUUUGAGUCUACAAAAGCAACUCUGUCGAUAUGCUCCUGUUUCUCUGGAUGCUGAGUUGACAGGUCUAUCAAAUACAGACAGGAAGACUCUUGGUUUACUUAUCAAGGCUGCAAAACUUAUGGAUGAAAUCUUCUACCUUCAGGUUUGGUACAGCAAUCCAGCUCUAAGAGAUUGGUUGAAGGAACAUGCUAGUGCAUCAGAAUUAGACAAGCUUAAAUGGAUGUAUUAUUUAAUUAAUAAGAGCCCCUGGUCCUGUCUUGAUGAAAACGAGGCAUUUUUAACAACCACAGAUUCAGCCAUCAAGUUACUUCCUGAAGCCACGAAGCCAGUCAGUGGAUGGAAGGGUCUGGAUUAUAAAGCAGCAUUUCCCAUGCUAAAACCACCUGGUGCAAAUUUUUACCCUCCAGAUAUGGACAAAAAGGAAUUUAAAUUAUGGAAUGACAGUCUGACAGAGAAAGAACAAAAUGAUGCAAUGGGCUUUUUCACCGUCAUCAAAACACACAGUGAAUUUAGUUUGGAUUCUUCUUUACCUAAUCAUGCAGUUCAUGGGACAAAUCAUUUAAUGACUGCCCAUGAUCUAUAUAGUGUUCCUUAUUCAAAGGAGUAUAACUCCUUCCUUAGAAAAGCUGCAGAACUAUUGCAUGAAGCUGGGGACUUGGCUGGCUCGCCUAGUUUGAAGAGGUUACUACAUAGCAAGGCUGACGCAUUCCUCUCAAAUGACUAUUAUGAAUCAGAUAUAGCCUGGAUGGAAUUGGUUAGUAUGCAGAAUACUUUGACAUUCCAGAAAACACUCAUGGUUUUUGGUUCGGGUAUAUGGUGAUAAGAAUGACACAGAUUAUGCUAAACUACGUUAAUUCCAACCUUUGCUCUACAAUAAAAAGAGACGAACAAAGGCAAGAAAUGGGGAGCCUUCAUCAACCAGGAGGAACCACAAACAGAGCUCCUAUUCAUCCAAUACAGAGCUUCUUUUACACCAAAAACACAAAUCCAUCUCCAUAGUUUUCCCAUUCAACCCGACACCAAAACCUCUCAUGGCCAGCUGUUGUUAUUCAUUUUGGUGUCUCAUAUAAACAAAUAAAAAGAAACAGAAAAAAAAAGAAAAGAAAAAAUACAAAAAAUAUAAAAAAUUGGAAGAAAAAAAAUAUCAGUGAGAAGAAUGUCAAAAUGUCUGGAAA